AUGCCUGCUAUGAAGCUUGUGCAACCUGUCAGCGACUCGGAAAGCACGGUGGCCGUGCACAGCGACAUCGACACCACCGAGAGCACCUGCUCCUCCCGGCUGCCCUCGCCGCGCAGGGCUGGCGAGUGUGAUCAGUGCAACGUGAUCGUGAAGGCCACGUUCCUCGAUGUGGACGAGGGCCAAAGCGUGUUGCAUUGCUUCGCGCAGCUGCGUGGCCGGACCAUGUCUGACUCGGCUUUGGUGAUGGGCUUUGGCAUCGAGGCCUACGUGCCUGGGAAGUUCAGUGACGAGCAUGCCGAGUCUGCGGACGGCACCUGCGCCGGGCCGGAAGUGCUGGAAGAGCGCAGAGACACGCAGGCGGCUGUGCAUCCGAAAUCGCAGGCAUCGCAGGCAUCGCAGGCAUCGCAGGCAUCGCAAGCAUCGCAGGCAUCGCAGGCAUCGCAGGCAUCGCAGGCAUCGCAGGCAGCAGGGAAGAAGAAGAGUCAUUCAAAGCAGACCACGGAUCGUACCACUGUGAUGCUGCGCAAUGUCCCCAAUAAUUACACCAGAGAGAUGUUCUUGACCCUCCUGGACGACCACGGCUUUGCUGGGCGCUACGACUUCGUGUACCUGCCCUGUGACUUCAAGCGGCAGGCGAACCUGGGCUACGCCUUCGUGAACCUCGUGGACGCUUCGGCCGUCGAUGCUGCGUGGAUCACCUUUGAUGGCUUCUCCUCCUGGGCGCUGCCCACCCAAAAGGUCUGCCAAGUCAGCUGGAGUGGCCCCCACCAGGGACUCAAGGCGCACGUGGAGCGUUACAGGAAUAGUCCGGUGAUGCACCAGAAGGUUCCAGAUGCUUACAAGCCCAUGAUCUUCCAUGACGGCGUCCGCCAGAACUUCCCGCGGCCCACCAAGAAGAUCGAGGCGCCAACGGGCGUGUGCUGA